AUAUAAGCUGAGGAAAAUGGAGGCAGAGUUCGAGCGACAGAAAUAGCAGCAGAUUAUACAAAGAUUUUGAUAACAAAAAAAAGUGAUAAUUAAUAAUGUCAGGGGCACAGGGAGCGCUGCCGAAGGAGUCGAAGACUGCAACAACGUACGAGUCAGUGCCAGGUGGAGAGAACAAGACCAAGAUUGUCGUAGAUUCGAAGGAGGAUCAGGGUAUGAUUCAGAUCGAUAAGCUGCAGGACAAGGUCGAGGACGCCGCCGGAAAAGGCGGCCCCGCCUUCGGUGCCGGAAAAGAUGAAAACAAUAAGCAGGACCUCGGUGUUACUGGGACGGGCCCCGCCUAAUAAUAUAAUAUAUCUCUUAUGUAUCUUGUACAAAUCUGCAUGGAAAUGCAUGUGUUUAAAGCUGUUCCUUUGAUGUUUGAAUAAAAAUCCGCUUCUCUAUAUAUGUUUUUUUAUUUUU